UUCCGUCGAUCCGAAUGUACAAUUGUUCAAGUUUAAAAGGAAAAUUCAUGAAGACUUUUGCAAAUGGUAAAAAUGGUGAAUAUAACCAGCUGAAUAUUUUAUUCAGAUUGUAUUAUGAAGAAGUGGACGACAAGGUCAAGGUGAACAGAAAAUGUGUCGCAUUAGAAUCUUGCACAGAGAAAUAUAAUGCAUCAUCGUAUUCAUUCCAACUCAGAGACUGUAAUGAUAAAUUACCAGUGUUAUGUCGGGGACAUAGAAAAGAGACUAAAAAUGAUUCUAAUGUUAGUACAACGUCCUUCAUCACACCAGUAGAAAAUGCGAACCAUUUGAAUGAAGGAACUGCUGUAAUGGGGGUAGUGAAUGUUUUAUUGUUCGCAUUGUUGAUGAUCUUUGCUCUCCUGUACGUAAUGGUAAAUAGAAGAAGGAAUGCAUUACCAUAUCCACGCAAAAUGAAGAAAUCAAAGAUUAUAGAAGUAUGAAUGAAAAAAAUGGAUUAUCUAUGGAUUUAAAAGUUGUUCAGCAUAUUCAUCUGUUCUGAUAUUUUGAUCAUUAAACAGAAAUACUAUGUCAAAUAUCAUGACGGUUUUUAAAUUGUUUUCGGAACUUAAACUUAUGUUUAUACUUGUAUUUUUGUUAUCUUCUAUACUAUUUGCAUAGUAGAUGUUUUUAUAGUGUUUCUGCUGACCUUUUUUAUUCCAAUUAUCGAGAUUAAAGAAAUAAGAAAUGGUAAGCAUUAUGAAAGACAAGAAUGAGGCCAAGUUAAUUUUUUAUACCCUUGCAAAACUUAACUAAAAUUCCAAUUUGUUGUGAAAACAAUUCAUAACUUGUCUCCAUAUUGGUUGAUUAAGAGCUUGCUUUGCACAUGGUAUACAUGCUUGUCUAUGGUUGUAGACAAUAGGUUGAUCCUUAGUUGAUAUCUCAUUCAUAAAUUGAGAAAAUUAAUUAUCUGGAGAUAAAUUAGGAUUAUCUCAAAAUCGCUCAGAAAAACCUAGAUUUUCUAAUUAUUUUGAGAUAAACCGGGAUUUUCUCCAGAUAAUGAAUUUUCUGAGAUAAACUAGGAUUUUCUUGAAUUUGAAUUAAGCUGAGAUAAUCUUAGUUUAUCUGAGAUAAACUGGGAUUAUCUGAGAUAAACCGGGAUUAUCUGAGAUAAUCCUAGUUUAUCUGAGAUAAUCUAGGAUUAUCUAUAAAAGUGGUUCAGGCGUGCCAUAUAUAUCUAUAGUUUUUAUAUAUCUUAUAUCUAAGGGCACUAUAAUUAAAUAGUAGCUGUUUCAUAGUUUCAUCAGUGUCCUGUAUGAGGUCCUGCAUACAAAUCCUUAUCAAAUAUGCCUUAUACUUGUAUCUUUGUACAUAGUUUGGAAGCCGGAAUGAUAUUUUAUUCAAUUUUGUAUAUUAAAUGUUCCAUAAUGAUAAAUUUUAAAUGUGUAUUUUGCAAUUUGGACGGGACGUAAAAUGACUGUCAAUACAACUAUAUGUUUUUAUGUAUAAAUUCAUUCCCAUCUUUUGUACUUCGACCAAAUCAUUCAUCUUUUAACGCAUGUAAACACUGAGAACGUGUUUCUAAUGUUUAAAAAAGAACAAAAUUUACUCAAUAAAAAAUGAAUGACACGAAUCAACCAUAAGGUAAGCAAUCAAAAAUGUUAACCUUUAUGAUAUUUUAGUGUUGCAAAUGUCUGUCAUUCCGUAUUUACGUUAUUCUAAAGUGAACAUUUGUCCGGACUUAUUUUCUGAUAUAGCUGCACAUAUUCAUCGGAUUGUUUUAGACAUUUUUGUAGGUAUCGGAUUUUGUGCCAGUUGACAGAUUUUGGCGAAAUAAUUACUUGUAUUUAGAAAAUUCGCGUAAACUGAACUUUUCCCCGAUAUUUUUUUUUUUUUUUUUUUUUAAUUACCUUAGAUCUUGAGUUCGUUAGGUACAUUAGUGUGCAAUGACUUAAAUAUCGAGUUGGCGUUCCGUUCCAAUUGACAAGACUUUUCGCAAAGAAAGUCUCCAGAUGUUUCAUGUUAUAUCGACAAUACCUAAAUGAAGUUCAUGUGUUCUUCCAAAAAACAAAAUGCUAAAUGGAAUCGAUACAUUAUUUUUUUUUAAAGAGAAAGAAACUUUCAGUUUUAAGUCAGGUGUGGCAUGGUUAAUUACAUCAAAUAUUUGAUGGUCAAUAAUUAAAUCAGUUUAAUGAUCUUUCAUCUUGAUAAUGUUGACAUUUUAUGGAAUGCACUGUAGAGUUGCAAUCACACAGAUAAGUAAAUGAAAAUAAUUAGUAAACAUAAAGUAAGGGUUUGGUAUAAAAUAAACAACAUAAUGAUGUUAAUAGAAAGUUUAUUCUGGUAAGUUUUAAUAUAGUUGCUAUCUACAUGUGUACGUUUAAAAUAUUUUUUUCUUGUGAAACAGGCACUGUAUUUGUUAUCACUCAUUGUAUAUUGUACACAGUUUACGAAUAUUAAAAAUGUGAACAUUAAA